CUCCAAUUUUGCCGUCUUUGUGACCAGAUUUGAGAAGAGGAUCGGAGAUGAUGAAUCUGUUUUGUCGUUAGUUUCUUCUACGAGAGAGUUGGUUUUGCGUUUCCGAUUGAAAUCUCGAAUUUCUAGGUUUACGGUUGACCAAUUGUUUAAAUUUCAUUUUGUUCGGCGGCUUUGUGUUGUUGUUUUGAUCCCGCAACUCUUCGACGGAGAAGAUGAUGAUGAGGAUGCGAAUGAUUCAAGUGACGUUAUUAGUAGUAGUAGCUCUCGUCGAUUUUGGAUUGGCUUCUCCUCCUUCUACCGUUCCUGCUUUCCUCUGGUCUCCGCAUCUCCAGUCUGACAAUGGUGAAAUGGAUGUAAAUUAUGAGGUCAUGUCUGCAAAAGAUCUAGUAGAUUCUGUUUUCACUCGAGGAGGCUGGUCUAGUUUUCUGUGCUCAGAGGAAAAGCUUCAGCAACCUGUUGUUGAUGUCGUACUUGUGUUCAUUGGCAGAGAGUUACUCUCUUCGGAUGUUUCUUCACAUCGGAACUCGGAUCCUGCCCUUGUAAACACUUUGAAGAAUCUGUAUACAGCUUCCAAUUUCUCAUUGGCAUUCCCGUAUAUUGCUGCACCAGAGGAAGAAAGGAUGGAAAACUUGUUGCUUUCAGGGCUUAAAAAAUCUUGUACUCACAAUGUAGGAGUCAGCAAUAUCGUGUUCUCAGACUCGUGUUUUGUUGAAGAUGAAACAAUUCAGAAGCUAUCGAACGUGCAGUCUUUCAAAGAUCAUUUGGUUGCUAGAAAAGAAAUGAGAAAAGAAGGAGAAACCGACUUGGUUGUGCUCUGCUCUGAGGGAUCUGAAUCAUCAAGUCAAUCUGACCAGACACAUUCAGAUCAUGAAAUCAUAUCUGAGGUUGUUAGCUCAGUGGAGCAAUCUGGAACUAAAUACGCAGCUCUUUAUGUUUCUGAUCCUUAUUGGUACACUUCAUACCAAACUCUCCAAAGGUUUUUGGCGGAAACCGCAACAGGAAACGCCACAGUUAAUGCUACUACAACCUGCGAUGAGCUCUGCAAAUUUAAGUCAUCACUAUUGGAGGGUAUCUUAGUGGGAAUCGUUUUUCUUCUCAUCUUGAUAAGUGGACUUUGUUGUAUGGCGGGCAUCGACACGCCAACUAGAUUCGAGACUCCUCAAGAUUCUUAAAACUCAAGACUUGAGCAAUCACGCCUCUCUCUUAUCUUUGCCUUCUUUGUGCUGAUUUUUGCAUUUUGUGAAGGUUUCCAAAUGUGGAUUGUUACAUUACUUGAAUAUAUGUGUGUGCAUGUGAUAAAAAUCCCCUUUUUGUAUUAUUGUCUCUAUUCACUUAUUUGUGUUUGUAUUUAUCGAAAAGGUUUACAGUACUUCUAAUAAUUGAGAACGUUGAAGAAGACCAAGAGUUUUUACCAUA